GUGCACGGGUCCGGCAUGCAGUGGGCAUGCAAAUGCCUUCCGCAGUUCCUAAGAGUGUCCAGGGCAUCCAGCUCCUCCCUUUCACCCACUCCCAUUGCCCAUCUGUCACAGGUCGCGCCUGCAGCCUUGCCCUGCCCAACCCUCCUGGACUCACCCUCCCUCUGCUAACAAAGGUCUGGGCAGGCUUUUAUGGGCUCUGAUAAGGCCCUGGCGGGGCUGAAGUUCACUACACUUCCUCUUUGCGGAAGGGCCUGAAGGAGGGGGCUCUGACCUGAGUCCUCCUGACCUGACCCAGAUAGAUGAACUGGGUUCUGACUGGUUACCAGUGAGGCUAGUAAGAAAGGGGACACGAGGGGGUGCCCUAGAAAAAGAUGGGAGCCGGGAAUGCCCGGAAGAGGGGCCCUGUGGACCCUGCCCCGCCAGCCACUCCCUUAUCCUCCGGUAUAAGAGCCACCCCCCUCCUGCCGUCUGCCACCAUUCCCCGCUCCUGCACCUCUUCUCACCCGACGACGACGACGAGCCACCAGCCCAGCCUCUCAAGAUGGCCUAUGUCCCCGUACCCGGCUACCAGCCCACCUACAACCCGACUCUGCCCUACAACAAGCCCAUCCCGGGUGGUCUCUGCAUCGGAAUGUCUGUUUACAUCCAAGGAGUGGCUAGCGAGCACAUGAAGAGGUUCUCCGUGAACUUCGUGGCGGGGCAGCACCCGGGGUCAGAUAUCGCCUUCCACUUCAAUCCCCGCUUCGAUGGCUGGGACAAGGUGGUCUUCAACUCCAUGCAAGGUGGCAAAUGGGGCAGCGAGGAGAAGAAAAGGAGCAUGCCUUUCCGCAAGGGCACCGCCUUUGAGCUGGUGUUCAUGGUCCAGGCCGAGCACUACAAGGUGGUGGUAAAUGGAAAUCCCUUCUAUGAGUUUGGGCACCGGCUGCCCCUGCAGAUGGUCACCCACCUGCAAGUGGAUGGGGACCUGGAGCUUCAAUCAAUCAAUUUCAUUGGCGGCAACCCCCCGCCAAGCCAGGGUCCUGGAUACACCCAGCAACUGCCAAGUAACCUGCCUACCAUGGAGGGACCCCCAAUCUUCAACCCGCCCGUGCCAUUCAGGAGGAUCUUGCAAGGGGGGCUUACGGCCCGAAGAACCAUCAUAGUCAAGGGCUUUAUACCCCCUACAGGCAAGAGCUUUGCGAUCAACUUCAUCGUGGGGUCCACGGGGGACAUGGCUCUGCACAUUAACUCCCGUCUGACCGAGGAUACCGUGGUCCGGAACAGCUACCUGAAUGGUUCGUGGGGAUCCGAGGAGAGGAAGAUCUCCUACAACCCAUUUGGUCCUGGGAAAUUCUUUGAUCUGUCCAUUCGCUGUGGCAUAGAUCGCUUCAAGGUUUACGCCAACGGCCAGCACCUCUUCGACUAUUCCCAUCGCUUCUCGGCCUUCCAGAACGUGGACGUCCUAGAGAUCCAGGGUGAUAUCAACUUGUCCUAUAUCCAGAUCUGAUCUAUUCCCAGAGCCAUAACUCUUGGGGACACAGAGAGAAAGAGCCCACAGGACUCUCUUCUAAGCCCUUAAUAAAAUGUCUGAGGGUGUCUCAUGCGUGUCCGUCACGUCCGUAUCGCUGUUCCUUCCUUCCUUGGUUUGAUCAUACACUGUCCAUUCAGCCACCUCAUCACCUGUCCAUCGAUCUUCCCAUCACAAUAAAUCUAGGAAUAUUCCAGACACAGA